AUGGAUAUUUACAGAGAGGUAAACUACCUGCACAGAAAGGUAAUUUCACUGCAACAUGCGAGUCGAGACCUGAGAACGACUCAGGAGGAAGUACAGGCGGUCAGGGCCUCGGAAGAGCAGUUCCUGAACGAGAACGAAGCACUACGCAGCACCAUCAGGGAACUGAAGAAGAUCGAGGCCUCGUACCACCAAGUCCUGAGGGAGAGGGCGCACUCAGCAAAGCUCCAGGAAAACCUCAAUCUGGCCGAAAAGAAGUACAGCUUACUGUUAGAGUCGUACAACGCUUUGAAAGAGCAGACCGCGUACAGGUGUCACGAGCAAAAGGACAUCAAGGACAUGUUCGAAGGGAAAAUAGACAAGUUAAACCACAUUAUACACUUGAACGAGCUCCAAGGGAAGAAGCUAGAGCAGAAAGUGUUCAAGGAGGCGGAGGAGCAAAGCCGUGUCGUGGUCACAGAUCUCAGGCAGAAACUCGUCAAUCUCGAGAAUGAGCUUAAAAACGAGAAAUCCAAGACGACCGAUCUGGAAACCCAGUUAAUGCAGGCAAACUGUAUUAAUGAAAAGUUAAAGAACUACCCCAUCCCCAACCUGAGCGGACUGCCGAAGACUCUCACCGACAAACAGCUGCUGCGAGAGAAUUUAGAGCUGAGAGAGAGACUCCGGCAGAAGUGGAAGCCAAAACCUGAGACCACGAAGCCUCCCGGACGGCCUGAAACACAGCUGGUCCAAUGCCCGACCCCUGUGGACGCCCAAAUGGAUCAACUGAGUAAGAUCAAGGACGCGCAAAGGAUCCCAGAGCUACACAGCACGAUUCGGAAGCAGAGCGACACAAUCAAAGUCCUCAAAGCGGAACUGGAAAUGUGUACGGCACAAAGGGACAGACUGCAGAAGGAAAAUGAGAGAAUUCACGAGAAAAUUAGCAUGAAGUCCUACUGCAAAGACAGAAGCAAACACACGGACACGCUAGCCACGGCGAGACCAGAGAAAGAUCAUGUAGAGCUAAAAAUAUGGUCCAGAAAGGCUCCUCACAGGGAAACCUUCGUGACUCAGCGGGACCCGGAGCAACAACAAUAA